AUGACCUCAUCUCGAGUGCUUCUGUCGCAACAACUCUCCGCAGCGAUCCGAGCGCAAGCCACGCGGAGGCUCGGCGGAGGCGCCAGAUGCCUUGGAGCGGAUCUCGAGGGAGGCUCGGGAAUACCGCUCCUGGCAGGGGGGGUGGUGGGUGCAUGCACAGGUCCUUUGAAGAACCUCCAAACGAGGGUCAUUGCACAGAAGGGCGGGAGAACAGCUGCUGAGGUGGCAUCGACAGCGGUGCAUAACCGGGCUUUAAGGGACAGCAUUCUGUCUGCGGGGCUCAAGAUGCCCAUCAUCAUGACAGCGCUGAACAGAGGCAUUCAGUUCUACACGUUUGAGACCGUCAAGGCCUGGCUGUUAAGAGCCAAUCAGAAGCACCCAAAAACUUUUCAGCUGCCCGAGUCGGUACCUCCCAGUUCAGUGGCAGGGGGAGCAGCAGGUCUGGCUGCCACUCUCCUCCUCUACCCCUUCUCUGCUGUCGGCGACCACAUGAGCCUGCAGCCUGGCAAGUACCCGGGCCUGCGCCAGGCGUUGGUGGGGGUGGCACAGCAGCACGGCGCCUCACAGCUGUUCCGAGGGGUGGUGCCGAAGCUGGCGUCGAUGGUGCCCGCCUCAGCCAUCAACUUCCUCGUCUUCGAGUCGCUGAAAGAGGAGAUCAAGCUGGCCUCCAUGGUGCCCGCCUCUGCCAUCAACUUCCUUGUCUUCGAAUCGCUCAAGGAGGAGGUUAAGGCGAGAUGCAUGGCAUACAUGUUGCCGUAUGCCCACACGCACACGCACACUCGCUCUCGUGGUGCCGAAGCUGGCCUCCAUGCCAUCAACCUCCUCGUGUUUGAGUCUCUCAAGGGGGAGAUCAAGGUGGGUCAGGUGCAUACAUACAUGUGUGUGCUCUUUGCCCCUCACACACACACUCCCGCUCUGUCCCCCUCUCCUGGUGCCCAAGCUGGCCUCCAUGGUGCCCGCCUCUGCCUUUAA